UUGUUGUUGAUGGAGUGAAAAGGGAUUGUGUUCUAAACAAACUAACCUACUUUCACUGUGUAACAGGUUUUCCACCAGACUUCUUGCAUGACUUAUUUGAAGGAAUAGUACCUGUGGAGUUGUGUUUGUGUUUAAAGAAAUUGAUUGCCAAGAAGUACUUUACCUUAGAAGAACUGAAUACUGCCAUUCAGCAUUUUCCGUAUACAUUCUCCGAUAAGACAAAUAGGCCACAGGCAAUUCCCAAGGCCUUUAGAUUAAAAGGAACUGUUGGUGGGAAUGGCCAUGAAAAUUGGGCACUUUUGAGGCUGCUACCCUUGCUUAUUGGCAAUAAAAUACCAGAGAAUGACACAACUUGGGGUAUCAUCUUAGAUAUUAAAGACAUUGCGGAAAUUCUAGCAUCCCCCAUAUUCACAGAGGAAAAUCUGUUUUAUCUUGAAGCCAGAAUCUGUGAACACCGCCAUCUCCUACAGGAGGUUUUUCCUGAGUUUAAGCUUAAACCAAAACAUCAUUUUUUAGAGCAUUAUCCCCAUCUGAUUCGUUGUUUUGGGCCUUUGCUUGACUUUUGGACGAUUAGAUUUGAGGCCAAGCAUAGCUUUUUUAAGAAAGUUGUUCGAGAUGUUAAUAACUUUAAAAAUGUACUGCUAACCUUAGCCUCCAGGCAUCAGCUCAUGUUGGCAUAUUACAUGGGCAUGCCUAACCUGUUCAAACCAGCACUGGAAGUGAGGAAAAUAUCAACUGUCUCUCCUGACAUUUUGGACCCCUCUGUCAAAGACACUAUCAAGAGGAAAUUCAGAAAUGUGACUGCUGUUUCUCUUGCAAAAACUGCCUUCUUACAUGGAACUCAGUACACACAAGGAAUGUUUUUAUCAACUGGAAGCACAAGUGGACUUCCGGAUUUUGGGAAAAUUCUGAAUGUGCUAAUUGUUGAAGAUAAGCCCUGUUUUGUUGUGGAACCAUACACAGCUUUGUACACUGAGCACUUGAGAUGUUAUGAGGUUUGCAAAAAUCCCUCUGCAAAACUGCUUGUUGUUCAACCAGAGGAGCUCAAUCACUACUUCCCCCUGUCAGGAUAUAUGGUUCAAGACAGACUUCUGAUUUCUCCUAAAGCCUUUCUGCUGCAUUGAGGUGCGUCAAGUGUGAGUGCGGCCUUAAAUCAGCACUUUUCUUACACACCUAAACAAAACAGAAACAUAAUAACCUUUUUACAAACUGUACGACUCCAGGAUUGGAUUGCAUUGUGUUUAUGGUUUGUCCACCCCCUGUAUCUUGCUUCAAUUAAGUCUUGUCAUUUAUUUUUCAUGUUUUGUCAUUCUCAGCUUCACAGCAGAGCACUGAAGAUCUGCCAUUGUGGUUUGUUGUCCAGCUGGGGGAGCUUGAAGAUAACUUCCUGUUGGCUUGAAUGAAGUGAGAUCCACUUCUGUACCCUAAAACACUUUGGUAUUGCACCACAACAGUGUCCAACAUGCUGCUGCGUAUCAUUCUCAGUAAAGAUGACAUUCGGAAGAUCCAGAUUGAGAGUUUGCCAGAGACUCUUGAUGAGUUUUAUUCAUUCUUAAAAAGUAAGCUUGGGUUGGAAGGUGACUUUGUGGUCCAAUAUGAAGACAGAGAGUUUGACAAUGAGCUCUGCAACCUGAUGAGCUUGUCUGAUCUUCCUGAGGGGAAGGCAACACUGAAGAUAACUGUCAAGCAGGCCAGUGAGUCAUAUCACACUGAUUCAACAUUGGAUACGGCAAGUUUGUCUUCAUCCGCUUCUUCUUUGUCUUCACCCACUUCAUCGGCUUCCGAGGGCAUCUCCCCCCGCCAUCGACCGUGGCCUGAUGCAUUUGAGAUUCCUAGAUUUUGUUAUGAUGUUGAGUUGCAGCUUAAAAGGGGUAAUGAAGCCUACCAAGAGAAUGGAACCUUGCUUAAUAUAAGAAAAGACACUAAAUCUGAGAUACUUGACAAAUUAGCAGAAGCAAUGUACUCAUACACUGCCUACCCAUCACGAGAAGAAUAUGACAUUGUGGCGCAAAGUCUCAUCAAAAAACAUCCUUGCCUGAGGGAGCCUGGGUCUGCCCAGGGUUGGUACUGCUGGAAAUUCAGCUUAAAAUUCAAAAUGGGAAACUACAGGAACAAGCUUCGUGCGGCAGGAUGCUCUGAACUUCAGGUAAAUCGCCGCUCCUCAGGACCGAAACAGAAGACCAAGAAAGCUAAAAAAGCUGAAGUCAAUUUUCUUCCUGACUUCCCUGAAGGACGAACCCAAAAUGUUCUGGAAGAAGAGAGAUUAGCCAUUAUGGAAGAGAUGAUGAAGAAGAAAGCUGAUAUGAAGAAAGUCAACGAAAUCAUGGUCAGCACCUUCUCCCUGCGACGAAAGCAAAUUGUAGAAGAGCCACCUGUGGCAGAGGUGAAGACCAAGUGGCCAGCUUUGUUCACAGAGCAACAGAUCAAAGCUGAAUUCACUCGAAUCACUUCAGCUCAUUCUCUUUCACUGUUUGAACAGCUUCACCACGGUGAUCACCCGCACCUGACCAUCAUCACCAAUCACGCCCACCUGUAUAUCUUCCCCAGUCAUUCAACCAUUCGUCGCCAGAUCUCGUCGUUGUCACGUCCACCACUCGACUCCCCUCUCCUGCCGGAAUACCUGUUCCUCCGAACCAUCGAGAGUGACUAUCUGUCCGGCAAUCUACCCGACCCACCAACUCUGGAUCGCCACGAACAUUCUCCUCUGCUCUGUAAAGGAGUGUCUCUGUGCGACGGCUGUGGGUUUCUCCGUCACAUUGAGCUCAUCUGCCCGGUGCACAGCUCGGCCUCGCGCUGGAGAUAG